AUGCGUGCCAAGCCACCUGCCGGUAUAGGUACGCUGGCGCUAGUGUUGUUGCUGCUGGCUUCCUGUCUGAAAGCCGAUGGGAAGCAGCUGCCGGUAAUGACACUAGAAAACAUUCCCUUCCUGGACAAUAUGAAUAGCGAGAGCGUAAUCACGCUCCGUAAGCGGCCGCCCGGCUACGAGCCCGCCACCACAGAAGUCGAAUGGGAACCUAUUUUUAGGUCUAACCUGUUCCGAGAUCUGCGGCGUUAUCAAAACAAGAUAUCCCAGGGUCAGGCCCUCACCCUGACGGGCUUGGCCUACCAGCUGGAGCUGCUGAAGCAAUCCAACCGCUGGCAUCACCGGCCGUACAUCGCCAUCAGCCGUCACGCGCUGUACAAGUUCCUCAUCAAUGCGGACGGCCACGUGUCAUCCUCCCGAAUGGGGCAUAUCAUGCAGACCAACAGCGUCAUUCUGCAACAGCGCUCCCUAUGGAUCGAGUACUACUACCGCAGUCUACAGCCCGGAGUACAUGUCCUGGAGUACAGCCCGGAGGACGUACUGACGCUGCUGGAGAAGUACCAGGACCCGCAGAUGGAUGGCGAGUUGCGGCGUCUAGCUAACGCGUCCCAGCAUUUUUGUGCAAAGUACCUCACAAUCGACGGCAAGAUCCGCUACACGGUGCGAGCACUCCACGAGUACAACCGCCUCUUCGGCUCCGUGUUGGCCACCUUCGCGCGGGAGCUACGUGGCUUGGGGGCCUUCAAGGGGUGGAACCGUACCCCCACCCCCACCUCUACCUCCGCCUCUAAAUGGGGCCGGAAAGCUUUGGGAGCGGUUGCAUCGUCGUCAGGAGCAUUGGAAGCAUCGCACGUGCCUGAGGCAUCAGCAGUGUUUGCACCACCAUCACCACCAUCAGUAGGAUUCGAACCGAGAGCAUCUGCUGCUGCAGGAUCGGAACAAGUAGCUGCUGCUGCUUCAAAAGAACAUCCUGUAUGGCCCAACAUCGAUAAUCGUGUUGGGGAUGCCGAUGAAGACGACGAUGAUGAGGAGGAGGACGGUGACGACGUUGAUGGCGGUGAUGAUGCGAGGAGUCAUUACCACUCCCCGUCGGGUGGAAGAGGGCAUCUGGAGGGCUCUGGAACGGGCUACGACUUCGGCGCGGACGUCACCAAGCGCGACAUCUUUAGCACUAGCGUUAGCGUUAGCAGCCACCACAGCGGAGACAGCGGCGCUCGUGUCCUCCUUCUGAGUCCUUAUUCUCGCCCUAGCCGCCGUAAAGGUCGACGUGGCCGAGGCAGCGGCGAGGAAGUUGACAGCCGCUUGGUUCGGUGGCUGGACGCGGAGGACUUCAGGACGCUGCUUAGGCAGUUACGAGGGAGCAGAAAGUAG